UUGUACCAGGAAAUAUGGUAUUGGAGGUGGACCCAAUUCGGAAGAAUCAGAGGAGUGUUGAUGAUCUUAUUGAGGAGUUAGUUGAGCACCGGACAUGGAAAUAUACACUUAUGGUCUUGUAUAUUUCCAUCGCUCAGGUUUACGCCGCUACCAGUUCCUUCGUUACUACAUUCGCAGGAAUGGACCCAGAGCCCGGGGAUAUUUGGUCCUGUAUAUCUGAAAAAUGCAAGAAUUUGACGACAGAUAAUACCACAUUACUGGAAAUGUUUCCUUGCGAUAUCACCGAACUUUUGGAUGGAAAAGAAGAGCUGGUUUUUGGACCGUCGGACAUAAAAUGGCAUCUUCAGCGCACCUCAUUUUCAGCAGAUUUAGAUUUGUACUGCGAUGUUGGAUCACGAAGUGCACAAAAAACGCUCAUAGAUUCCAUGUUCUUCGUAGGAUCUCUGCUUGGACUCGUAACUGGAGGUUAUGUGUGGGACAAUAUUGGGAGAGUGAAUUCAGCGAGGGUAUCUGUUUUGGUCACCGUCAUUGCGCAUCUGGUGGGAACGUGGUGCCAUAAUUACAGUAUCCUCCUUGCGAUCAGAUUCUUCACUGGUUUCGGAGAUUUCGUGACUUUCACUGGAACAUACAUACUAAUGAUGGAACUGACGGGAAUCAAGUACCGAACCUCUGUGAAUGCUUUUCAGGGCCUAACAUGGGUACUUGGCUAUCCAUUUUUAAUAGCGACCGGAUAUUUAAAUUACGAUUGGAACUACAUGUUCCUAACAACGGCGAUCCUAGCUCUUGUCUGUAAUCUUCACGUCUAUGUGUUUCUGAUCGAGUCACCACGGUUUCACCUCGUCAAUAACGAUAUGAAGGCAGCAAAGAAAUCGCUGAAAGCGCUAGCUGCUUUGACUACAGCUGAUCUGGACGUAGAUGAAAUUGAGAUUGUAGAUACGGAGAAGGUGAAUGAUAGGAAACAGACUUUCAUCCAGCAGCUGAAAGACCUGUGGACUUACCCAGUACUUCUUAAGGAGGGCUUAUGCCUGGCACCUCUCUGGUUCUGUAUUAAUAUGUUCUACUACGGAUUUAACUUUGCAUGGGAUAUGAUAUUGCCUUCGGCUAGCCUUUACCUUGGGUUUGUGAUGGGAGGAGUUGGAGAGGCUAUAGCGUGUUGUCUAAGUAUGCCAGUGAUACAGUUCCUGGGCAGGAGAAGGGCCAUGAUUGUCUUCCAGUGUCUUUCGGCCCUGGUGUUCCUGAUUGCAAUAGCGGAUGUGGAUUUAGGCAACGAUUGGGGAUUGGAUAGUGUUUUGUCUCUGAUAGGUUUGACGACCGUGAGCAUCUGUUUCUCUAAUGUCUACCUGUGGACGUCAGAGAUUGCGCCGACAUCCCACCGAGGACUUGCUUAUACUCUCGGGUCAGGAUUAGGUAAGUUUGGAGGCUUUGCCGGACCCUAUGUCUUCAACAAUCUGGGUCCAGCAACAACCAGAGCAGUUCCGUGGAUACUCCUUGCUGUGCUUUCGCUUCUCUGUGCUUUGGCAGCAGUUUUCUUAAUUGAGACGGGGGACAAGGAAUUAACUCAUGUGCCUGCAGAAGUUCAGGAGCGAAGAAAGGGGUUCAGAUAUAGGAUCUAGUGGACACUGAAAGUGAACAUGAACAGGUAGCUUCAUUUUGGUACAUUAGUGCAGUAAGAAAAGAACUGAUUUUUAAACAUAAAGGGUUAUGAAUUAGUGUACAAUAGAGAGUAUCGUUUGCAUGCUUAGGAUUAUGUUCGUAUCAACGGAACCCUCUCUGGAGUCUAUCUGUAAACAGGGGAGAUAGCAUCUGGUGUUCUGCCAGAAUUUUACCAAGAGGCAGGCACAGGAUCGCGGCUCCUUCGACAACUUCUACAACUUUGGCUGUUAUCGCUGCUAACUGCUCAUGAUGUAGAGGAACAGAGAAAGGGCUGAAAGAACCAUCUAAUAUUGAAGAAACGUUAAACUUAAUGACUUAUACUUACAAUCAAACUUUUAAAAACUCUUAUAAACUUUUUCUUUAACAGUAGUUAUACUUAUAGUACUAGUAGUAGUAGUAGUAAUUUUAAAAUUAUAAUUCGA